AUGAAGAUCGGGCGGGUUUCCGCCAUUUUCCCCCUGGCGCUCGCAGUGGUCAGCUUCGUGCUGUGCAUGCUGGCGCUUUUUGCCGGUCACAAGCAGGGUUUCAUGGAGGACUACGCCGUGGUUCGGUUGAACACGUCCAUGAUAGGUCACACUCUUUUUGACGGCAACAACACGAGCAAAGGAAAAGACGGCGAUAAGAAAGGCGGCCUGCUCGGCGAUAUCCAAGGUUGGUGGCAUGAUGCCAAAGACGACGCCAAAGACAAACUCCACGACAUUUCGAGCCACGUGGCCGACAAACUUGCUGAGAAGCUCGGCAUAUCCGAAUGGUAUUCUUUGCACGUCAUGGACUCGUGCAGAGGCAUGUUUUCGCCCAACACAACGGCGUCGAAUCCUGGACUCAACGUGACAAACUGUACCGUGUCCAGUCCGGAUAGUCGUCUCAACUUGACGGCCAUCCUGGAUCACGAACUCAAGGUCGGUCCCGUCAAGCUCAACCUAGCCGACCUGGACUGGCCCGACAGCAUCCAAGACGCCGUCAACCUCCUCAACAAUGCUCUGCUCGGACUCUUCAUAGUCUACGUCUUGGGUGCCGGCUUCAUCGGCCUCUCCGUGCUGACGAGUCUUGUUGCUCUUUGGAAGCCGGACCUGCGCCGGGUCGCCUUGCUGAAUUUUCCGAUUGCCGCCCUGGGCUUUCUUUCAGUUCUCAUCGGAAGCAUCAUGGUCACCGUUGCCGCGAACAAGGCAGUCAGAGGGGUCAACAAGGUUGGGGACAAGGUUGGCAUUUCAGCCAGCAGAGGCGACAAGUUUUACACCAUCACCUGGGUGGCAACGGGCUUCAUGGCCGCCGUAUGCCUGUACUGGCUAGUGCAUUUUUGCCUGGUGCGCAAAGAAAGAAGGAGAGGCGCGUUUGGCGAGAAAGCGGGCGGAGCGCGACGUUGA